AUGGCGCGUUCCGCCGCGGCCGAGGCAUGGCGUGCGGACCUGGAGCGGCUGUACGCUGGACGUGAUCAGGGCACGACGUACACAUGGGCGCUCGACGACGGCCAAGAGUCGGCACAUGCAGUGAUGGUCCACGCACGGCUGCAUGGCGUGCUGCGCCGAUGGCUGCUCCGCUCGCCCUGGCCAUGGAAACGCAAGGGGUCGCUGCGGGGCGCACGCGCGGCACGGCUUGUGCGAUGCGUCGUCCGGUGGAUGUAUACCGAUAGAGGAGGGGACUGGAUCGACGAGCUCGGCACGCACCUCGCAGCACCGCGCGAGGAGGUCUGUGCGUCGAUGCAGCCAAUCCACAAGGACCUACUGGAAGCGGCCAGAGGCGCACGGGGCACAGCCAUCGGACAGGGGGUGCAAGUGGAUGCGGAUUUGUACAAGGCGCGGUGCACACCGAAAGCAUCGACGCUCCGCCACGAACCCGCGCGCAUCGUUGCGCAGAUGAUCUAUGCGGCCGACAUCCGUACGGAGCUGCGUGACGCACAAGAGGCACUUGAUCCGACGUUUCUCGAGGCGGCCGAAACUCUAGAUGCGCUGCACGUCCGCGGCGCGUCCAAGUACGUACGCAUGCUCGCAUGGGAGCGGACCACGGCCUACCCCGGCCUCGGCACCCGCGCUGCGGCGCUCGUGGAGAAGGAUGCCGACCUGUUUCCAAUGCUCCUGCCGCUCCUCGCUUCGGAGUAUGUAGCGCAGUGCUGCACGGACCUGGGUGCAUUCUCUGCAGCGCACCGCGACGCAGUGGUCGCUGCCAUCGGCGCGAAUCCAGAUGCGCUCGUCGCGAGCGUUGCAGCACACCCGCAUCCUCCGUACGCCCCCCUUUUUCUGAAGCACUUUGAGGCGGCGGUCGCGACACCGACGUGGAAAGAGCUCGUGCGCAAAGGCGACCGUGCUAUCGUCGCUGUACUUGGCCUCGUAUCGCACGACCUCACCCCGUCGAACGCCGGCGUGCGGUACGAGCAGCUCGUCGGCCACGUCCUCCUUGCUGACGAGCCGCCGUGGCCGAGCGGGUCGGUCUUGGCCUCGCUCGAGGAGCUUCGCGAUACAAUUGUGCGGUACCUCCAGCACCACUGGGUCGCGGUGCGUGCCAUGCACGGAUUUGAGCCACUGGCCAACUGGUGCAUCAAAGAGCUGAGCGCCGCGCUCGACGUCGAUGCGCACGCGCUACGCGAGCAUUCCAAGCCGAGCAACCCCCAAGUGUCGGCGCGCUCCUCCGUCUUUGCCAUGACGUCGGCCGGCCUCGGCGAUCGCGGCGCGGAGCGCGACCCACCCGAGCUGCGCCGCGGCCCCUGGUGA